AUGGCUCGUACAAAACAGACCGCUAGAAAGGAAAAUCAAAUCCCUAAUCUCGUCGAGGACGUUAAUGCAGCGAAGUCUUAUUCGAGACAAAGGAAUAAAUCAAAUCAGUCGGAGAAAUCAAAUCAGCCAGAGAAGGAAAUGGCUCCAAUCAGAUGUAGCAAGAAUAAAAAAAAUAAGCUUGCCAUGGUAACUCCUCCAUACAGACCUCCCUGCCACAGAAAAUACUUAAAUGACGGUAUAUUACGAGGAAAAACACCGAGUGAGGUAGCCUUUUUUAUCCGCGAACCCAGAGACCCAGGUGGUGAAUCGUCUGAAUCAAGCACUUUAUCCUCUCCUGUUAUAUCUGCAACUGGAAGUGAUGAAGAAGAAGUCGCGGAACAUGAAAAAAUUCCUUUAGGUAGUGAAUAUGCUGAUUAUGAUGAUGGUAAUGAUGGAAAGGGUGGUUAUGGUGGUAAUGAUGAUGAUGAGGAUGAGGAUGGUAAUGAUGGAAAUGUUGGUGGUAGCGGUGAUGAAGAGGGGGAUGAGGAUGAUGGAAAUGGUAAUGAAAUAAAUGAUGGUGGUAGUGGUGAGGAGGAGGAGGAGGUUGAAGAGGAUGAGGCGCAGCCACAGCCGAAGGAGAAAGUCCCAAUCGCACCCAGCGCGCGAUACAUUACACCCAGCAUUUGCAGCUUACUCGUCUUAGCAAUGGGAAAGCCAGAGGUGAACCUAAAGACCGCGGCAAAGUUCUAUUUGGAUAUGAUAGCUCGAUCAUAA